CACAAUUCUCAUACCUGCUGGCUCAUUCAGUGUUUUCGGAAAUCAAUCAGAGGGAUUCCCAAGUAUUACUCACCUCUUUGGAAUUUAUACACGUAUAACAAAUAAAACGUAGGGGGGACUUUUUCAACAACCUGUGACUUGUUUUGUCUAAUAUAGUGACAAUGUGGAUCUAAGACUUUUUAUGUUUAUGUGACUGGCUUACAAUAAAUAUCAAAUAAUAAUAUGAUUACAUGAGGUCAGAAUUAUCAAAAUUCAGAGAAAAACCCUCUUGUUCUCAGCAUUGGCAUAUGAAUAAAUAGUUAUUUUUAGAAAGCAAAAAUUAGUUGCGAAUCGUAAAUAGUUGGUAACGUUUCUUGUGUUUUAAGUUUAUAUUAGUUUUGUUUUAAUAUGACAGUGCUAUAGAAAUGAAAAGUGAAAAGGCCGAAUCAUCGGUAGAUUAUUUACCACAAGCCAAAUACAUAAAAAAUGAAAACUCUGAUUAUUACGACCAGGAAGAUGCCAGUGAGCCGCUAAAAUGUGCUUCCCUAAACGGUGACGUACCUGGAAUACAAAAUUCUAUAUUACAACGUAGUCGACACGGUAGCGAUGGAAAGAAAGACAACAACCACAUCUACAAAAAUGUUGUCUGUCUUUUUGGGCUAUUGAAUGUAUUACUGUUGGUAUUGAACGGUCUAGCGGUGAACUUCCUGGCCAGCGAGAAAGCCCCGCCCCAACAAACAUCCAGACUUUGUGUCCGAUGCCAGGAUAUCAAAGCGCACCCAGACGAUGUUAAGACAUGGAAACACAUUGUACAAGAGAACGAUACGUGUUGCCUUGACGACCCCAAACAUCUCAACUAUCUGACGGAAUACUACACAGAGCGGUGGAUGAAAACGCGCUUGUCGAACAGCAAUAAAACGUUUCAAUACUGCAAAAACCAAGAACGUAAUGAGUUCUCCCCGAGACCUUCUAUAAAAGUCAUGGGUUACAACGAGCCACAAAUACAUCCGGAGAAUCAACAAAUGUACUGGGACCAGCACCAUACACUAGCUCUUGUUCCCCACCCAACCAAGAUACAGUAUCUGGAAGAAGACGGGCAAAUUGAGAUUAAGCAGGCUGGUGUAUACCACGUGUACAGUCAGAUUCAUUUUGACCAUAAACAGAACAACAACAGUAGUCAGCCUGUAGUCUUCUCGCACAUGAUUUUUCUGAAGAAAGCAGGGACAACCACAGUGGACGGGUCUAUCGUGAUGCGGAGCCGAGAGACCGAGUGUAAGAACGACGAUCCGCGGGUGGUGGGGUCGAGCUUCCUUGCUAGCUCCCUGCAGCUUGAGAAUGGGGACAGGCUCUACGUAAAGGUCUAUUCAAAGGAUGAGGUCCUGGCUCAGCCACAGAUGAACUUUUUUGGGGCUCACAUGCUGUAAAAACGGUCACUUAUAAUUUUGACCAACUACUCAAGAGUUUAUUUCUGAUGAUAAUAUGUAAUGACCAUUAUGAUACGUAUACGGGAGACAGAGUGUGAGAGCGAGGUUCCGCGGUUGUGCGAUGUACAAGCAAAAAUUUUAUUAUAUCAACUUUUUCUUUGCCUUUUUGUAAGAGUUAGUUAAAAAAAAUAUAGUUAAAAGUUUAUGCUAUUUUAGCUCGAUUUUGACGAAAAAAUGACAGCUAAUAGAAUUUCAAGUCCGUUCUCUGGGCAGAAAGCUGGACUGGUGUACAUUUUGAGAGUGUUUUGAGAUAGUUGCAAGAGUUGAUUGAUAUGUAACUACCACAAUAUUGUGCCAAUUCUGGAAGAUCUACGCAUCUUUAAAGAUAUUAUAAUUUUCUAAAAGGAAAUGCGUUCGUUUGAUUUGGGGAUAACAUUGGUCUAUAACCUCCUGGCUUAUAAAUGUUCUGUCUGAUAUAAUUUGUAUAAAAAUUAUGUAUAUGUACGUAGACAAAAACUUGAAUUAAUAAAUAUACAAUUUAAUAGUUUAAUAAUAUAUUUCUACAAUUAUUUGGUCUAUUUAUUUUAUUUAAUGUUUUUGACAAUAAAAAUUACCUUUAUUUCAAUAAUUUUCCUUGUCUAAAAUCUGAUUUUCAAGUUUAUUUCAUAAACAAUAUGUUAUUGAUUGUUUUGGAAUUUGUGUUAUUGAGCUUGUAUUUUUUUCAUAAUUGAAAUUAUUGCUUUCUAUUUUUUGCAGCAUAAUAAAUAUUGUUACAUAUUGUUUUACAUGUAUUCUAUAUCGCAUGCCCUUCGUUAUAAUUACAUGCGCAUUGAUUGUUUAGCAUUUAGAAGAAGACAUCAACAAAUGUGUACUGUAUUUUUUUUACAAACGUUUUCUUUAUUUAUUUCGGGCGUUUAACAAGUAUGCUUUUUAUUAUAGAACUCGAUGAUUAUACAGUUUUAAACCUUU